AUGAUUGACAACAGGCUCAGAGUGCCACCAUCGCCGCCUUAUUCUCCGCGCAUGUCAGAUUCCGUCAGGACGGCUGAGCAUUAUAGCCAGCAAGCUACUCUGGUACACGCAAGGCCUGAGUACCGUCAGUGUCGAGAGAGCGCGAUUGCUGGCGCAGGAUACUCAGACGAUGUAAGCGCUUACUCUCACGAUCCGACUGAGGCUUCUCUGCGACCAUACAAGACCUUCAACUACUCACCUGGGUCAUCUGGCGGUCCUUGUUCCCAAUACAACAUUGAUCCAUACACUCAAGUUCAACUUGGUAGUCGUCAAAAAUCGAAAUCGUCUCAAGCACUGCGCCAUAUGGGCUCUACAGAUGUUCGCUCUGCGGCUCAUGGCAUUUCCACGUCUGCGAGUCCGGUUGAUCGACUGACGCCUCACUCGCCGGACAACAGUGUCCAUGAUCAGCAGGACGACGACGAUUUGAUCGAUUCUGCAGGAGAGGAUCAAGAUGAAGGGUCGGAAAAGAUCCAAAUGACUGCAGCAGAACUGCGAGCACACAAGCGGAAGAUGAAGCGAUUCAGACUGACGCACAGCCAAACUCGCUUCCUGAUGAGUGAAUUUGCUCGUCAAGCACAUCCAGACGCUGGUCAUCGUGAACGACUCGCACGCGAGAUUCCUGGAUUGAGCGCCCGUCAAGUUCAAGUAUGGUUUCAGAACCGAAGGGCAAAGCUCAAACGGCAUACUACAGACGAUCAGGCUCGCAUGAUGAGAUCGAGAGCCCUGCCGGAUGAUUUCGACACCACCCAAGCCCUCCAUUCGCCUUUUGGUGCUCAGCCGCCGAUUAUGAGCGCUUCGACUUCCUCCUUGGGUUCAUUUUCGACUUACGGCGACCACGCAAGCAUUCGACCUUUGGCUCUAGACACAACACGCGCGCUUGUUGAGUACGAUCAGUACAACUCAUCAUACGCCAGUCCCACGGGCGUGAGUCCUGCAUUGGGAGCAUUUGCAUUCACACCUCCACACUCGUCAUCUGGACACAUCUCGCCUGGGUCGUCUCACAGCAUGCCACCGUAUGCGAUGCAACAUCAAGCGGCAUACGAAAGCUCCAGGCGCGGUGCAAUUGGUCUUCCAGCUCUGGAAACUGGUUACGGUCCAAUGAACAAUCUACAACGUGCUCCACCGCACGAACAAAUCACCAGGACAUCUAGCGAAACUACCAGCUCUCCACUUCCAACGAGUGUAUCCCAUCCAAACAUCCAAUCACACAUGUUUCCGGAUCGCUCCUCUUCAUUCUCAGGGCACAUGGCCUACGAUCACCAGCGUUCACACCCUCCAAGGAGUCUGGGGAUGACGGAUUCAGAUCCAUAUCGCUCAAGCUAUACGUACGCGGCGCCUCAGACCUACUCCUCAAAUGAGUCGCAACAUCGACCGACGUCAGGACAGCAUGCAACGAACAUGGACCACUUCCGACGAGCUCCUGUGGGGAUUACGUAUGGCCACUAUGCGCCCCAAAACUACACCUCUGCUCCCUACCAGAACUACGCCACACCAUAUGCYCCACGCGACGUUCACAAUACCUAUGCUCAGGAAUCUCAUAGAGAGACGCUGGCCCACACUCAGCAGGCACAUACUCAGCUUGAUGGAAUGCAUGGAGCGGAUCGGGCAUUCGCGCUGCCUGUUACUACCCAAGUUACGGAGACUUCCGGCAGCACGUCUAUCAUGCCACCGUCGUAUUGA